AUGAAAUUAAACAUUGCUAAUCCAACAACUGGACUUCAGAAAUGUAUUGAAAUUGAUGACGAGAAGUUACUAUUGCCAUUCUUUGAAAGAAGAAUUGGUUCUGAACUUGACUGUAGCUUCUUGGGUGAUGAAUUUAAGGGUUAUAUUAUGAAAAUCACUGGUGGUAAUGACAAACAAGGUUUUCCAAUGAUGCAGGGUGUUUUAACUAGCAACCGUGUCCGUCUUUUAUUCAGAAAAGGUAUGAAAUGCUAUCGCCCACGUCGUACAGGUGAAAUGAAGAGAAAGUCAGUCCGUGGAUGUAUUGUUAGCCACGACUUGUCUGUAUUGAGUUUGGUAGUUGUUGAGAGAGGUGAGCAAGAUAUCCCAGGACUUACUGAUGGUGAAAAACCAAGACGCCUUGGUCCAAAGAGAGCUUCUAAAAUUAGAAAGCUAUUCAACCUCAGUCCAUCUGAUGAUGUCCGCAAGUUUGUCGUUCGUAGGAAGAUUGAAGGUAAAGAAAAGACCAAGGCACCAAAAAUUCAACGUUUGGUCACCAAGGAACGUUUACAGAGAAAGAAGAAAUAUAGACGUACACUUAAGGAGCGUUCUGAGGCAUCUGCUAAUGCCAAGAAGGAAUAUCAGAAGCUUCUUGAGACUUUAAAGAACAAGACUAACACUAAAUGA